AUGGGUGAGAUGGAUCAGAUGAAAAAGGAGGCUGAAGGUCUGAAGUCACAGAUUGAGGCGGCCCGUAAAGCAGCAGCCGACACAACCUUGGCUGAUGCAGCCUCAGGAGUGGCUCCUGCUCCACGUGUCCAACUGAAGACCAGGAAGACACUGAAAGGCCACUUGGCCAAGAUCUAUGCCAUGCACUGGGCCACAGACUGCAGGUUAGACCAUGCCAUGCUCAUGGUCAGUGCCUCUCAGGAUGGCAAACUCAUCAUAUGGGAUGCUUUCUCUGGUAACAAGAUCAAUGCUGUGCCCCUCAAGUCCUCGUGGGUCAUGACCUGUGCAUACGCCCCUUCAGGAAACCUGGUGGCCAGUGGUGGCCUGGACAACAUGUGUACAGUCUACAACCUGAAAACUCCUGUUGUCAAGACUGUGAAGGAGUUGGAUGCCCACACAGGGUACCUUUCUUGUGCCCGUUUCCUGAGUGACACUGAGAUUCUCACUGCUUCUGGUGACACCACCUGUGCAUUGUGGGAUAUUGAGACUGGCAAGCAGAAGACAGUCUUUCUGAACCAUGUGGGAGACUGCAUGUGUCUGGCUCUGUCCCCAGACAUGAACAUGUUUAUCUCAGGAGCCUGUGACUCGCUGGCCAAACUGUGGGACAUCAGAGAUGGAACCUGCAAGCAGACCUUCCAGGGCCACACCAGUGACAUCAAUGCUAUUUCAUUCUUCCCCAGCGGGAACGCCGUGGUGACCGGCUCAGACGACUGCACCUGUAAAAUGUACGACCUUCGCUCUGACCAGGAGGUAAUCAGUUACCAAGAUGCACAGCUGAACAGCGGCGUGACAUCACUGGCCCUGUCCGUGUCUGGCCGACUCAUCUUCGCCGGCUACGACGACUUCAAUUGCAACAUCUGGGAUUCGUUGAAGGGAGAGAAAGUCGGAGUGUUGUCUGGCCAUGACAACAGGGUGAGCUGCACUGGAGUACCACAGGAUGGCAUGUGUGUGUGCACUGGAUCCUGGGAUAGCUUCCUGAAGAUCUGGAACUGA